AUGUAUCUAUCCAAAGAUGAUUCCCAAAAAACGAUAUACAACACAAUCAUCACGCCGCCGAUACAUUUCAUCAUUUUAAUAACAAUCAUAGAUUUUCCAUUAGUCCCAGCAUACUUUCUACUGCUAACAGGUAUAAUACUUGAUCAAAUACUACUACGACUGAACUACGAUUCACGAAGACGACAGAGAGGAAAUGUAGUAGACUCUGAAACACCACUAUUGUCCCCUCCUUUGACGACGUCGUUAUUUUCGUUUAACCUGACUACGAACGGGUACAGCGCUCAUGUUAUUGCUCUUGCCGGAUUUAUGGCUCUCUUCGCGCCUUUGUUGAGUCUUUUGGGGGUUUGCGAUUUGCCUUGGGAUAUUGGCCGUAUGCUAGGAUGGUCUGGCUUGUUUUUGAUCAUAUUAGGAUAUUCGUUUCGUAUGUAUUCUCUGAGAGGUGAGCGGUCAACGAGGACUGUUGUGAUGGCGGAUAGUCUAGUUGCUAUUGGUAACGGGCCAUAUCGUUAUAUACGACAUCCCGCAUACACUGGCCAGAUCAUUGCAUGGCUGGGAUUCGCACUAAGUUCAGGAAAUCUACUGGUCAUCGUUACAAUCUUGUGCAUGAUCUUCGCAGCGUACUGGAAUCAAAUACGCGUUGAGGAAGAGAUGAUGAUUGAGAAAUUCGGAGAUAAAUAUGCUGAAUAUCAACGUUCUACUAAGAAAUUGAUUCCGUUUAUCUGUUGA